UUCCUCCUCAAGUUACCACACUCCUUGAAGCUUGAAGAUUGAAGUUUUCUUGAUUCUGUGUCUUCUUCUGUUUCGGUGAUCAUCAUUUCCAGAUAAGGCAAUAUUCUUUGCUCAAAAAUUAUGCAUAUAUGCCAAGUAAUAUAUAUACCUUAGAGAAUUGAGCUUCAUCUUUGAACACACUUCUGAUCAUACUCUCUGCUUAUAACUGCAGUUGUUUUCUUUGUUGUGUAGUACAGAACACUGUACGAUGGUUGUUUCACAUUAAUUUGUCACUGCUCCUAAAUUCCCGUUGAUUUCCUGACUUUGGAUCCACCCAAUUCUUCAAUUUUUUUUUUUUUUCAAGUUCAACCAUGAAGGAACAGAAGAAGACUUUUAAGCAAGCUUGGUAGAGAAGAGAAAAAAAGCUUCCAUCUUGGUUAUUGAUUAUUGGCUUUGUAUAGAUCUUUUCUAGAUCGGAGCUAUCAAUUGAUUUUAAGUUAUAUACUUUAUCAGAUCUAGAUGUAGAGAUGUCGGGUUUCCCUCACCAGUUUCUUCACCUACAGAGACUAUCCAUUCCUCAACACCAACAGACCCCAUCUUCAGAUCCUAAAGACUCCCAAGACGAUUCACCCAAGCCUGAUUCAGACACGGCCGCCGCCACCAGUUCUGGAGAUGCUGCAGCCACUACCUCAACUCGACGUCCUCGAGGCCGCCCUCCUGGAUCCAAAAACAAACCCAAACCUCCUAUUAUAGUCACUCGAGACUCCCCAAAUGCUCUCCGAUCCCAUGUUCUGGAAGUUUCCAGCGGCGCUGACGUUGUGGAGAGCGUGUCCAGUUAUGCAAGGAGGAGAGGAAGAGGAGUGUCCGUUCUUAGCGGCAACGGAAUGGUCAUGAAUGUUACACUUAAACAGCCGGCGGGAGGAGCUGUAGUGACUUUGCACGGUAGGUUCGAGAUACUCUCGCUGUCUGGGACAGUGCUGCCACCUCCAGCGCCACCUGGUGCGGGUGGAUUGUCAAUUUUUUUAUCGGGAGGGCAGGGACAGGUGGUUGGAGGCAGCGUUGUAGGGCCACUGGUAGCUUCUGGUCCGGUGGUGUUGAUGGCGGCAUCGUUUGCUAAUGCUGUGUUUGAGAGGCUCCCUUUGGAUGAGGAGGAAGGGGGAGGGCAGGUUCAGCCUUCGGCGUCUCAGUCUUCGGGUGUGACAGGAAGUGGACAGGCGGGUGAUGGAGGAGGAAGUAGCAGCGGUGGUGGCAGUGGCGGGGGAGGAGGUCUUUUUAAUAUGGGAGGGGGUUAUCAAUUUUCAAGUGACUUGUUUGGAUGGGGUGGAAGUGCUCCUCGGCCUCCUUUCUAGGUAUGGAUAUAUAUUAAUUAACAGGACUUUGAAUUAAUGUGUUCUGAUGCAUUAUUAGUGCGUGCGUGUGUGUAUGAUCACAUCCUCCAUCAGACUUUGUUAUGAUAUGCUUUCUCUGGGAUUAAUUAAAUUAAUGAGAGAGAAGCCAACAAAUCUCAUGUUUAUGAUAUCAACAAUAUGAUAAAUAUGAAGUGUACGU